UGGCUCUGGGCGAUCUUUUGACGUGCGACGACGCGCUCAGUUGCAAGUUGAGCCUGAGGCAGGAGACAUUGAGGUGUAUGCAGUAGAUGAAGCAGCUAGAGAAGCACAAGACGCCACUAGAGCGGAUUGUCGCUCCCUUGGCAACGCAAAGCAAUGCGCAUCUAGUUGUCCCUGCCAUUCUGGUGGUAGCUUAUAUGGCGCGACUUGCAGUGAGCUUUGGCUCUUAUUCUGGACAAGGCGUCUCGCCAAUGCAUGGCGACUUUGAAGCACAGAGGCACUGGCUUGAAUUGACGCAGCAUCUGCCCAUGAGAGAGUGGUAUUUCUACGACUUGCAGUAUUGGGGCCUGGACUAUCCGCCAUUGACGGCCUUUCACUCUUAUGCACUCGGGAAGAUAGGCUCUCUGCUCAAUGAAGAUUGGUUCACCCUGGAUACAUCGCGCGGUAUUGAGACGUACGGCGUCAAGCUCUUUAUGCGUCACUCUGUGAUUGCUUCAGAGCUGCUUACUUACAUUCCCGCUGUUUUGCUCUUUUCUUCCCUGAACAAGGACACGGUACUACAUCGUACGGUAACGACACUGACGGUACUCUUACAGCCUGCAGUCCUGCUUAUUGACCAUGGUCAUUUCCAGUACAAUACAGUCAUGCUUGGGUUGAUGACUGCGAGUCUCUACUUUAUGAUGCAGGGCAAAGUCAAUCUCGCCGCAGGUGCCUAUGUGGCGUGCUUAGCAUUCAAGCAAAUGGGCUUGUACUAUGCACCUGUCGUGUUUGCGUACCUGCUCUCCGUUACGUAUCAACAACCUCAUCGGUUUGUGUUACUAGGGAUGACAACGGUCGCGGCAUUUGCCCUGUUCUUUGGCCCAUUCCUGCUGGUUGGCGGUGUCUCUGGUUUACAGCAAGUCAUCAUUCGCAUGUUCCCCUUUGGACGAGGACUCUUUGAAGACAAGGUGGCUAAUCUCUGGUGUGCCAUCAACGUUGUAUACAAGCUCAAGGCGCACAUUAAGGGAGAGACGCUUCAAAGGAUGAGUCUGCUGUUCACCCUUCUCGGUGUUUUGCCUGCAAGCAUUAAAGUCUUUCUCAAACCACAACCCAAGGUCCUCUUGCUGGCCACAUCCAGCUGUGCCUGGGCCUUCUUUCUCUUUUCAUUCCAAGUGCAUGAAAAGUCUGUGCUGCUGCCCUUGCUACCCACAACGUUGCUGCUCUACUCGUCGCACUUGUACAAGAGCUGGAUUGGCUACAUCAAUAUUGUGGCCAUCUUUUCGCUCUGGCCUUUGCUCAAUAAGGACGGACUUGGCUUGCAAUAUGCUGUGCUCAGCUUGUUGUGGAUCUGGCUCUGCGGUUUCGGUCAGUCAACCGAGUCGAUGCCAAUUCGUGCCUUUCACUAUGCAACGUACCUGGCCAUGGUCGCGUGUCAUGCACUAGAGCCAUUUUUUGCGGUCUCUCAUUUGCCUGAUCUAUGGACUGUUGCCAAUGCUCUCGUCAGCUUUGGUGCCUUUGCUGCGUUCUACCUCUGGACACUCUACCAACUCUUGCUCAGCUAGGACCGGGUCAUUCGGCGUUCCCCACACUGCCGGAGGAAUAAGAAAUAAUUCGUGGGCAGUUCGAGUUGUAACCCAAAAACCAAAACUCAAAAGUCUCAAAUCGCCCCGAUCUCGAAUACGUCAUGGGGCAAAAAGCAGGCACAAGACCGGAUGACAAGCGACUACUUCUAAUAGCCAAGGCCCCUCCUACAAACACAA